UCAUAUCGGGAUCACAGUCAUUGGGUGCGAUGCUGCCUCUGGGUGCUCUGCAACCGACAGCCGCCCGACCGACUGCCGCAGGGGCUUUCUGAACCCGAGCCGAGUGCUGCCUACACACACAAGCUACCAGCUCUCAUACUCGGCAAAAUUUAUCUGCUAUCACGUACUGACCUAACAGUAUACGAUGUUUUCAAUGGACGCCGUUUCGCAGUUUUCGAACAUGGAAAUGACCUCUUCUUCUCGGAUUAUUUUUGGGGUACAACUGUGAUCUCUUCAUCACACAUCGACUGGAGCAGAGUCAGACACUCCAUUUGCUAGCGCAUGCGAACAUCCCGUCUUUGGCAGUUAGCUUGGUAACGUUAGUCGACGUGUCUAGCUUUCUGGAUGUUUAGUGUCCAUAAUACUGGAUUUAGUUUUCAGUUGCCCUUGGCAUCGAGCUAGUUUUAGAUUGGGUAUUGUUUUAAACACCAUUAUCUAGCUAAAGCUGGCUAGCUGCGUUUUAUAACAAGCAAGGGAGAUUUUGUUCGUCAAAGCACAUCUGACUGGUUCGAGAUCAGCAGGGGGUUCGUUGGGAUACGGAAUGCGACUCGCGAAAUAACCAAGCCUCGGCUACACAGGAGAAACCACAUACAUUUCUCCGUUUUCAUUCAAAAGGGAGCAUGUUUGAGUGACAAGCGAAGGAGGAAGUGGGAUCUCUGAAGCUCCUCCCCCUGCUGGUGGAGCCUCUGUACAUCUGGACCAGAGACCCAUUUACUCAGCAGGACAGGAUGCGGAGGUUUGCCUACUGUAAGGUGGUUCUGGCCACCUCCCUGGUGUGGGUGAUGUUGGACAUGUUCAUCCUGCUCUACUUCAGCGAGUGUAAUAAGUGUGAUGACAAGAGGGAGAGGGGCCUGCCAGGCAGGGACGAUACAGUAUUGCGUCCCAGGGAGGGUCCAGGAGAAGGAGGUAAACCUGUGGUGAUUUCUAAAGAGAACCAGGAGAAGAUGAAGGAGAUGUUUAAGAUCAACCAGUUUAACCUGAUGGCCUCGGAGAUGAUCGCAUUCAACAGAACCCUGCCUGAUGUCCGCCUGGAGGGCUGUAAGAAUAAGCUGUAUCCAGACGAUCUGCCUCGUACCAGUGUAGUGAUCGUGUUCCACAAUGAGGCCUGGUCCACUCUGCUGCGUACCGUCCGCUCUGUCAUCGACCGCUCCCCCAAGUCUCUGCUGGAGGAGGUGGUACUGGUGGACGAUGCUAGUGAGAGAGACUUCCUGAAGCGGCCGUUAGAGCAGUAUGUCAGGAGGAUGGAGGUUCCAGUCAGAGUGGUGAGGAUGGAACAGAGAUCUGGACUGAUCAGAGCUCGACUGAAAGGAGCCUCACUCUCUACCGGACAGGUGAUCACGUUUCUAGAUGCUCACUGUGAGUGCACCAUUGGCUGGCUGGAACCUCUACUGGCCCGCAUCAAACUAGACAGGAAAACGGUGGUGUGUCCCAUCAUCGACGUGAUCAGUGAUGACACGUUUGAGUACAUGGCUGGUUCUGACAUGACCUACGGAGGCUUCAACUGGAAGCUGAACUUCCGCUGGUACCCUGUACCCCAGAGAGAGAUGGACCGCCGCAAGGGAGACCGCACUCUGCCCGUCCGGACUCCUACCAUGGCCGGUGGGUUGUUUUCUAUAGACAGAGAUUAUUUCCAAGAGAUAGGGACAUAUGACGCAGGUAUGGACAUUUGGGGAGGAGAGAACUUGGAGAUCUCCUUUAGGAUCUGGCAGUGCGGGGGGACGUUGGAGAUCGUGACGUGUUCUCACGUGGGUCACGUGUUCCGGAAGGCCACGCCCUACACGUUUCCAGGGGGAACGGGUCAGAUCAUCAAUAAGAACAACAGACGCCUGGCUGAGGUCUGGAUGGACCAGUUCAAAAACUUCUUCUACAUCAUCUCCCCUGGUGUGACGAAGGUGGACUAUGGUGACAUCACGUCUCGCUCGUCUCUGAGACAGAAGCUGCAGUGUAAACCUUUCAGCUGGUACCUGGAGAACGUCUAUCCUGACUCCCAGAUACCACGACACUACUACUCACUGGGAGAGAUCCGUAACGUGGAGACUAACCAGUGUCUGGACAACAUGGCCCGGAAGGAGAACGAGAAAGUUGGCAUCUUCAACUGCCAUGGCAUGGGAGGAAACCAGGUGUUCAGCUACACGGCCAAUAAAGAGAUAAGGACAGAUGACCUGUGUCUAGACGUGUCCAAACUCAACGGUCCUGUCAUGAUGCUCAAGUGUCAUCACCUCAAAGGAAACCAGCUCUGGGAGUAUGACCCCAUGAAGUUGACCCUGAUCCACGUCAAUAGUAACCAGUGUCUGGACAAGGCCAGUGAGGAGGACAGCCAGGUGCCCAGCGUCAGAGACUGUACACACACUCGCUCUCAACAGUGGCUGCUGCGCAACGUCACGCUGCCUGAGAUCUUCUGACCGCCGCCUACACACACACACACACACACACACACACACACACACACUGACGGAGAGAGAGAGAGAGUGAGAGGAGGGAAGAGGAGGAGGGCUGAAGGGACAGUCCACGCUGAAUGGGAUGAAGCAGGGCCCUUCUAUGGUGUCUUGGAGAGGGAACAUGUUUGGACUCAAUGGAGGAGAGACUCAUAGUUUUAUGAAGAGAGACUGGUGAUGUUUUAAAGAGAGAGACUUGCUCCUGGAGAGACAUGUUGUUAAAGAGAGAGAGAGACUCACUGAGAGAACUUCCAUGGACAAGGCAGUCUCCCCAACGCUGCAAACUCAUCACUUAUGUUUACCUGUGUGUGUGUGUGUGUGUGUGUGUGUGUGUGUGUGUGUGUGUGUGUGUGUGUGUGUGUGUGUGUGUGUGUGUGUGUGUGUGUGUGUGUGUGUGUGUGUGUGUGUGUGUGUGUGUGUGUGUGUGUGUGUGUGUGUGUGUGUGUGUGUGUGUGUGUGUGUGUGUGUGUGUGUGUGUGUGUGUGUGUGUGUGUGUGUGUGUGCAAAUGCGUUCUCAAGUAAAGGUGGCUCAUUAGUGAAAACAUUUUUUUCUUUGAGUUUUGAAAUGAACUCUGUUGAACUCAUAUGAAGGAAGGGUGUGUGUGUGUGUUUGAGCGAGCAUGUGUGUACAUGUGUUGGGAUAUGCCCUCCUGUUGCAGUAUUGUAUGACUGUGCAUGUAUGAGGACAGCCCCAUAUAGCCGCACCUAGCAGUGUCUGUCUCCCUCUAGUGUUCCUCCCCUGAGUUGCAGCCUAAAGAGGGACUCAGAGAGAGGAGAUUUACAUUUACAUUUAAGUCAUUUAGCAGACGCUCCAGAUGGAGACAGAGAGGGAGGGGGGACACAGAGAGAGGAGAUGGA